UCGAGUCCUUUGCCUACGCCAAAAAUGCACGCAACGUUCCUCUUUGCCCUCCUAGUCUCUUUCCUUCCUUCCAUUUACGCCAUAUCAGCAGUCCCACUAGCCGACUGGAAUCCACCAUCUUUGGGAUAUUGUGCUGCCAUACCUGCUGGAUCAGGCACACCUGGUUGCCUCAUCAUCCAAAAUGAAGCUCGCACAAAUUCGUCAUCGUCACUAUACUCCAAAGCAAAUUCAGCAGUGGUAUACAUGAAUUUGACCACAAAGGACCCUCUUUCGGGUGUCGCAACGAGUAGCAUUGCAGUGUUCUAUCCUAAAGUCGAUGAUUAUUCUCAAUUGGAAAUCCCUAACAGUUGGACAAAUCUGACGCAGUAUGCGGACACGACUCCUCCCGAGAUUACCAUGUAUCUGCUCUAUCGGAAUCAAAUCUUCCCCACUGCGACAGUGAGGUGGGCAACGACGUCCAACGGAAAGCUUGUCUACGUACCCUCACGCACUGUUGUGGUUGCUAUUGAGAAUGGAGCACUGACGUCGUUUCAAUGGUAUCCCACAGCAUGCACCCUUAGCACGUGCUUUUGCCUCGACAGCAUAUGCACGGAGGAAUGCCCCGAUGCAAACUGCCCAAUAACGGUGUUUGUUGGAUGGGCAGGUACAGAUAGAAAUGGAGAUAUCAUGACGAGUUCCAGUCGCGACAUUUGGCGGUUCGAGAACGCCUUCUAAAUAUGUUUACCUUUAUACAAGUCCAGUGUAUUAUAACUCCAUUUCAAUUCAACUAUUCGAAUGUCCCAUGAAUGACAUGAAUG